CUGACGAUACGCUUUCCGUCUUCGAGACUAGACAAUCGACGACCAAGCCUCUGAAGAAACGCUGGGAAUACAGAGUUGCAAACUGAAAACAAGCGAAACAAACGUCACCAGCUACACGCCAUCCUCUUUCUCCCCCCUUCAAUACCUCUACUUCCUCCUCUCUCUUCUCUCUCUAUCUCCAUUCGCCGCUCAAUUCCGCGUAUUCACCAGAGCAAUUCUCCGAGCUCAUCAGCUGUUUGUUCUCAUACCUACCUACCGAAUCAAUCGACCCCAGCCAAACCCCAAUUAUGGCGGCCAACGGUGACGUCUCCUCCGUGCCCCGCUCCGAGUCCCCCACUGGAUCGCCUCGUUCCGCGUCCAUUUCCUUACAUGCCGCCGCCGCCUUGAAUGCCGGCCUACAAAGAGAACCUUCACGCAGAUCAUCCAACAGCUCUCUAGCGCGCAGCCUCGCAUCUCCGUCCAGCCGUCGACGAUCAGCCAUCCUCAUGAACCUCCAGCUCAACGACCCCGCUGUGCCGGCUCCCGGCGAGAUGUUUCACGACCCCAUGAGGGCGAGCCCGCAGCCCUAUGGCGGCGGCGCACCGCCAGAGUCGAACCGCCAUAUCAGAACGCCGAGCUUGGGCGAGCUUCACCAAGAGCUCGAGGCAGAGCAGGAGGGCCAAGUUAAUCGACUAUUGAAUAUGAUCCGACAACAACAGCUAGAGCUUCAGCGCCUCCAAGCAAGCAACCCGAACGCAUCCGCCGCAGAGGAUAGUGCUGCCACCCCCGAGCGGCCGCAGCGCUCACUUCCUGUCCCCAUCUCGACGCAGUCGCCAACCGGGAACCCUGGCGCAUCCGUUUCGGGCUCCUCUUUCUCUCGAUCACCCAUCUUUCCUCAUCAUCGCAACUCUAUGGAGAUGGCGCGUGCCGACAUCCAGCGCCGGUCUAGAACGCCGAGCCGAAACGCCUCGCCUCGACUGCGGGCGACUUCUAUCAGUGCCGAGAGCGGGGACUGGUCUCUGUUCCGGGAUGAAAGCGCGUUUUACCAGGCCGAGACGCAAAUGCUGACCCGCGAGAAUCAGAUGCUCCGGCAUCGGAUCCGUGAAUUGGG